AAAUGCUUAGGUAUAUAGCUAACAACUAAAUAUUUCUAACACACUUGAUAUUUACAGAAAGUGAAAAUGGGGGGCGAACAGAUUUUUUGGUCCACCCUCUGUGUAAUGAUGUUCACAUCAAAUGUUGUAAUAGCUUGCGAAGAAAAGGGAUUAUGUUUGUUGGAGGCAUUAAAGGAAAUGAAAGAAUGUAAAAAAUGUGUAUUAUCUACGUUAUUGAAACCUUUACUGGAAGCUAAGCUCGAAAAGAAAGAAAAGAAAAUGUGCGAUAAAUGUGAAUGUCUCGCCAAAAAGGCUCCACCACCGCCUGCCACCAUAGUUCUGAUGCCGGCAGCGCCCCCUCCGUGUCCGCCACCGCCAUGUCUACCACCGCCGUGUCUACCACCAAUAAUUUUAUCUGCCCCUGCGCCUGCGCCACCUUGUCUACCCCCUGCUCCUUUAAUGCUACCUCCACUGAUGCCGACAGCAUCAUUUUGCUUCCCUGCUCCAGCUCCAGCACCACUUUGCCUUCCCGCUCCUCCUCCAGCGCCGAUUUGCCUGCCCGCUCCUCCGCCACAACAAUUUUGUUUCCCUGCACCUCCACCAGCUCCUUUAAUGUAUCCAGCCCCAGCACCUGCGCCUCUAGUUAUCCCUGCGCCUCCACCACCACCUAUGUUCCUGCCAGCACCCGCUCCAGCACCAUUUUGCGUUCCUCCGCCCGCUCCUGCACCUAUUGUGAUAUCGUUGGUUCCUCCGGCACCUCCUCCACCGUGCCAGCUACCACCACCAGGGCUGCCUAUGAACGCAUUUAUGGUACCAGCGCCAAUCCCUAUUACUCUAGAACCUAAGCCUCUAGAAUUACUUCCCCGUUGUGGGUGUCAAUAUUAAUUGUAAUUUUCUUUAAAAAGUAUUUAUUAAAUUAUAUUUAUUCGUAA